GUAACGAAGUAACCUGAACAGUGAACUUCAAACUAACCUCAAACACUAGUAAAUAAUUGGUAUCAAACCUUAUAUAAUUUAUUUUAUAAAAAAUGGUAAUACACCAGACAUUAUUAAAACAAAUAUUUAUACCUAGGAGUUCUAUUUUAAAUUUAGUACAACUUCAAGCAUGUCAAUAUGCUACAGGUGCAAUUGCUUCUCUUGGAAAGAGUAAAAAGUUAAAAGGCAAAGCAGGAGGUGCAUCUUUUGAGAAGAUCAGACUGCCAGUUGAAACUGAUGCUAAAAAACUGGUUACUCACUUGUGUGGAAGUAACUUGCUAGCAGAGGGUGGUGAAGAUAUCGAACUAAAGCCGGACAGUGAAUAUCCGGACUGGUUAUGGAAUCUUUAUAUUGGUAAAACCAAAUCCCUGAGUGAAUUGGAUCCUGAAACGAUUGAGUACUGGCACAAGCUUCGAGCACUUGCCAUCAAACACCAACAUAAUCUAAAGUCUCUUAGAAGAUUUUAACUUCUGUGACACCAAUUGUUUUGUAAUACAAUUUCAAAGUGAUAUGUUGGAUUUAUUAGUAAACGUUUUGUUCAAUA